AUGGGCAACCUCGGGAGCAGAAGCGACGCUUCUCGUCCACCGCCACCGCCACCGCCACCGCCACCGCCAACGCCGCCUGGUCUCCAGGCCCAUCUACAAGGGGUGCGCCCCACGUACUACCACCACUACCCCGGAUGGCCCCCGGGCGCCGCUAUGCCGCCGCCUCUAGGGGUGCCAGCGCAGGUGGAGCGGCACAGGGCCGUAGCGGUGCACGCCGGCGUCAAUAUCAAGGGGGACUCCCUGCGGCUAGAACACGAUGAUGACGACCGUGGCCUCCUCCUCGCCUUCUCCUUCGACGCGGACGCCCCUGGAUGCAUAACUGUUUACUACUUUGCACAAGAAGAUGAAGAGCUUAUCUUGAAGGCUACAAAGGAAAACUUACUCAAACCUGUGACAGCAGAUUUCAACAAAGGUCAUAAUCAGGAGUUCAAGCAACCAUAUGGAACCGGAAUCGAUGUCUCUCAGUCUGAGGAAUCUGAGCUGACAAAGAUUGGUGAAGGUGGUGUAUUCCCUGUUGCAUUCAAAGUGGACGUGGCUGUGCCAAACAACCAAGAAUUAGAAGCGGAAGGGGCACUUGAGCAUGAGGCAUCAAAUUGCCUGGUUAAAUUUGCUGUGCUUGUGAGGAAAGACAAUGCUGAAUAUGGUGUUCGUAUUAUGCAGCAGAUCUUGUGGGUCAAUGGUACUAGAUAUGUUUUGCAGGAGAUAUAUGGUAUUGGCAACACAGCUGAUGGGAACAAUCUUGAGGAUGAAUCUGGGAAAGAAUGUGUGAUUUGCCUCUCAGAACCAAGAGAUACAACUGUUCUUCCUUGCAGGCAUAUGUGUCUCUGCCGGGAGUGUGCUCAACUUCUAAGACUGCAGAGCAACAAAUGUCCCAUAUGCAGGCAACCUGUUGGGGGCCUUCUUGAGAUCGAGGUUGAUACAAAAUCUGUUAAUCAAAAUGAGCUCAGUAGUGAAGAUACCAUGAAGAGAGUCUCCGUUUAA